GACCCGCGACUGCGUCACCGGCCCCCUGCACGUAACUACAGCUGCCUCCGCCCGCCUCAGGCCCGGGCGGACGUUUUGCCGCCCCGGCGACGUCAGCGCGUCCGGCGUUGCUUGGCUACCCCGCCGUUCCCCCGUCCCGCUGCCGCUCGCCUCCCGCGGUGAAACUGAGCCGUCACCGCCGAUCUCGGCUGCGUCAUAGCGGCCGGCAUCCCACCUUAACGUCACACCUCCAAACCUAGACACGCGUCCUUCCUUCCCCUGCCAGGCACGACGUUUCCUCACCCCACUCUCCAAUCUCUUGCGCCAGAUCUGGCGGGAGAAGAUGGAGACGGGGGUGGGACAGAGUUGUGGACAGCGCUCAGGAGAGGGUUGCAAGAUGGGACCUUGGACAGUGGUAGAAACACAAUGAGGACGUCCCUGGAGUUUGCCCUUCCACUGAAACACGAGGAAUAGAGAGAGGGGAAGGACUAACCCACAGGCAAGCGAGGCCGCAGGCGAGCUCUGAGUCCUCUCCAUAUUUCCCAGACCCUUUAUCCAUCUGUCUUUCACACCACUGUUCCGUUUUCUUUGCCAGUCUAGGUCUGUCCUGGCCCUUAACUGCAUGUAAUUCAACUCACUUCAGGUGAGAAGGCCACUUAGUUUCCAAAAAGAUUGGGGAAAGGGCAGGUCACCAGUCAAAAUUGGAUUCCCGUGGUUAGAGAAAACUCAUCUGACAGAACUCAUCUAACGUUGGGGGGAAAAUUCUAGUUCAGUUAAGUUAUUGAGUCCCUAUUCCAAAUUAAACACUGUCGUAUGUACUGUCAGUAUAUCAAAACCAAACCUGUUGCCGCUGAGUUGAUUCCAACUCAUAGCAACCCUGUAUAAUUGUUAAUAGUUGUUAGCCCAAUUCAUUUCAUGGCCACAUCUAUCUCAGCACAUAGAUCUGCUGAAUUUCCUUCCUUCCAUUGGAUCCCUCGGGGUGAUGGAUGUGCAGGGUGGAUAUAGGGAUAAACAAAUGAACUUAACUUCUGGAUAAAAGUGUUGCCAUUCUACGGAUGGAGUAGGGGACCAGCCUUCUACUUUAUAAAUCUCUUUGCUGCGUUUCCAGUUCUUUUGAGGCAUCACUUGAGGGAGAUUUUGAUUGCCUAUUUACUUUCUUUCUCUUAAUCCCCAACCACUCCAGAACCUAUUAGUUGAAGACACAGUAUGUCCAGGGAAUUAAUUAUGAAUAGCUAUCUUGAAAGACUGCAGUCAUUGCUCAAUAUUUACAGUAGACUUAUCAGCCCUCUUUUCAAAAGGUUAUUGGUUUGAACUCAAUAACGUACCCUUUAGUAUAGUUGCCAUAAAUUUAUCAUUUUUCAGCAGUUCCAACUGUCCAAAUGCCCACAAAUAGAAAUGGGAUGUUGUGUGAGUCAUUUCAUUUCAAGAAUUUUCUCUAGGCUAGUCUGAUAAAAGAAUAAUUUCAAGCUUUCCUUUAAAAAGGAGAUUGUUACCCUCACCUAACCCAUUCCAUUUAUUACCCUUUGAAAGAAUGAGAGAAGAGUGUCAGGGAAUCAAGAUUAGGCUUUAUUAAUACUUUGACUUUUAUGGCAGUUUGCAGUUUCUCAAACUCGUUUCUCAUCUAUAAGAAAAAUAUAUCAAGCUGGGGAUACAUUGGUCUGGAACUAAUUGGUUCUAAGAUACAAAUGGGAUGAACCUGAUUAGGAGUAUAUUGGGCUAAGGUAGGAAGAAACCUCUGUUUUUAACAAGAGAAAGCAGACGGGAAAUAUUGAGGGAUGAGUGUCAGUUUGCUGAAGAGGGGGAAAAAAAGAUUAGGUUGAUAGUUGGGAGUAAAAUUUGGAAAUGGAGAAAGAAAAGAGAGGUUGAAUCAAGUGGCGGGAAAGAUGGAGAAUACCAAGAUGGGUUAAAAGUGGGUGUAGGGUUUAAUAUGAGAGUAAAUGUCAGGCCAGGGAUGCAAGAAAAUUAAACCUCCAACUAAUAUUUUUCUUUUCUCUGCCCCUCCUCCUAUCCCCAAGUUAAAUAAUGGCAGAGACGGGUCUGUUAGAGGCUGGGGCCUCUGCAGCAUCCACAGCUGCAGCUCUGGAGAACUUACAGGUGGAGGCAAGCUGCUCUGUGUGCCUGGAGUACCUGAAGGAGCCUGUCAUCAUUGAGUGUGGGCACAACUUCUGCAAAGCUUGCAUCACACGCUGGUGGGAGGACCUGGAGAGGGACUUCCCUUGUCCUGUGUGUCGAAAAACGUCCCGCUACCGCAGUCUCCGACCCAAUCGGCAACUAGGCAGCAUGGUAGAAAUUGCCAAGCAGCUCCAGGCUGUCAAGAGGAAGAUCCGGGAUGAGAGCCUCUGCCCCCAGCACCAUGAGGCCCUCAACCUCUUCUGCUAUGAGGACCAGGAGCCUGUAUGUUUGAUAUGUGCAAUUUCCCACACACACCGAGUCCACACCGUCGUGCCGCUGGACGAUGCCACACAGGAGUACAAGGAAAAGCUACAGAAGUGCCUGGACCCCCUGGAGCAGAAGCUGCAGGAUAUCACCCGCUGCAAGUCCUCUGAGGAGAAAAAGCCUGGAGAGCUCAAGAGACUGGUGGAGAGUCGCCGGCAGCAGAUCCUAACGGAGUUUGAGGAGCUUCAUAGGCGGUUGGAUGAAGAACAGCAGGUGUUGCUUUCACGACUGGAGGAGGAGGAACAGGAUAUUCUGCAGCGUCUCCGAGAAAAUGCUGCUCACCUUGGGGACAAGCGCCGGGACCUGGCCCACUUGGCUGCUGAGGUGGAGGGCAAGUGCUUACAGUCGGGCUUCGAGAUGCUUAAGGAUGUCAAAAGUACCUUGGAAAAAUGUGAGAAAGUGAAGACCAUGGAGGUAACUUCCGUAUCCAUAGAGCUGGAGAAGAACUUCAGCAAUUUCCCCCGACAGUACUUUGCCUUGAGGAAGAUCCUUAAACAGCUCAUUGCGGACGUGACCCUGGACCCUGAGACUGCUCAUCCUAACCUAGUCUUGUCGGAAGAUCGUAAGAGUGUCAAGUUCGUGGAGACAAGACUCCGGGACCUCCCUGACACACCACGGCGUUUCACCUUCUACCCUUGUGUCCUGGCUACAGAGGGUUUCACUUCAGGUCGACACUACUGGGAGGUGGAGGCAUCCGGGCCGGUCGGAAGAAUGCUGCGCCACUUACCAUUAGGCCCCCUACAGAUUGGGAGUGACAGGUAGGUAGGGACAUGGAAAUAACUGGGGUAAGGCAGGGUCAAGAGCUGUGGGCCUUCCUUCCAGUGUCCUGCUGGAACGUCGUCCUGUCUGCCUGGUUCCAGUCCUGAAUCGUCUAGGAGAAACACCUCGGUUUCUAGGAUGGUUUGUGUGGAGGAGUAGGGCUGGGCUGGGAUGAGAGCACAUGCGUCCUCCUCCUGACUGUCGGGGUGAGGAGCUGGUUCCCAGGGGAUUGCCUCCCCUGAAGUCCAUCAGGUUUUUUAUGGCACGAGGAUGGUUUGGGAAGGAAGGAGAGGCUUUUCCAGAAACAAAAAGCCGAUGAGGGGGAAUCUGUCUUCCUCAAACUGGAGGAGGAAACAGAAAGCCCCAUAUAUCCUUUGAGGGGAUUAUUCAACCCUUAAUAGUCUUGUUUCUUGAGUAAGAUCAUAGAGGUCUGUGUACCUCUAGGUUGAAUGAUGAUGAAUGACAUUGCUCUCAUGGUUCUAGAAGUGGGGAAGUAUUUCCGGGGCAGAGAUUGGGCAUUAAGAAGGGUAGAAGAAAGGUUAGGGAAGGGAGUUUCUUUGGUUUUCUAUUCCCAGGCUAAAGUUACCAUUAUGAGUAGGAUUGGCCAUAAGUAGGAAUGUGCUCGGGGAAUUAGGGAGAGGGAAAGAGGGUGGGAAGAAAGAACAGGAGAACCUAGGUCCCUGCCCAGCCUUUCAGCAGAGCUGACUUAUUGCCUGCCUCCAUAUAGUUGGUUGCCUCCAAGAAGUUGGCCACCUUGCUCCUCGCCAGAGACAAGGUGGAAGAGAUUCUGCAGACACGUGUACACUUUCAUUGCUUUCCCAAAAGAACUGGGAAGGGAGAGGGUAAGGUAUUUAAGGAAAGAGAAAGAUGUUUCUAACUAAAGCCCUGGCCUUAAAGAAGGCUAUUAAGUAGUUUAUUCUCAAGUUGUCAGUCCAGUUACCUGGCUGAGGUGUCCAAGCCAGAAAGGAAAAAAGGUAAUGGAGUCAUUCUCACCCUGAGGUUGGAUAGAAAAGGGUGGUAUAUGUAGGGAAGGCCAGAUAGGCAACUCAGUUUCACCUGUGUGCACUUGGCCUGGAACUCGUAUUCAGAAGAGCCAGCCUUUUGCUUGUUUGUUGCCGAUGUUCACCCUUUGCCAUUCCCCUUUUGAGAAUGCAAAUUAUUUUAAUAUUAGGCCCAAAUAAACAGCUGCAGGGUACAUAUACUGUCAAAAAAAAAAAAAAAAAAGGUAAAGUGAUGCAUGCCAAACAAAACUAAAAUGACUUGGAUUAUCUCUGCUUGGGUAAUCAAGAGUUGACAGAAGAUUGGGACAAGAGACUGAAAUUCAGUUACUGAGGGCAUUUCAGCUCCUCUUCCCACCUCAGUAGGACUUUGUCCACACUCUUCUCCUCUUACCUUUGUGCCUUGACUGUGGUUCUUUGUGGCAAGAUACUUUGGUUGGUUGAAAUAAUAUGGAGCAAAGGACCCACUGAAGUGAUCUGUGUUGUGUGGUAAUUUGGCAAUGGCAUGGUAUUGAUGUCUGUAAGAAUCACUGGGGUGUUAAAAAUGCAUGUUCCUGGGUCUCACCCUCAGUGAAUGAUCAAGGUUUGGGAGGGCCUGGGCAUCUGCUUUUUAAACACACUCCUCCCAGCUGAGUCUGGGGAUCCUUGUGAAACUCGUCCUGGAGGAGGUUUCAACCAUUUCCUUUCUCUCUCUGAGCUGGAGAACCGGUUUCCUGCACCUGCCUGACAGCAAUCUUAGGAGAGAGCGUCUGUAACCUCUCCUGACCUAUGUUGUCCUCUCCCUGUCUCAGGGUUCAUCUCCAUUCUGCCCCUUCCAUCCUUCUGCUUCUGACCUCAAGAGCUUGCAGGCACUAACUAUGAAGAGGAGGUAAACAGGAUGCCAAGCAGAACAAAUGGGAGACAAAAGUCAGAAGUAGGGGUGUAAAGUGUAUGACUGUGUGGGGAGUGGGGUGUCAUUUCACAGAUAGGGGAUGCUACCGAUAGGUCUCUGUGAGCCAGUGUCUGAGACUAGGAUUAGGAACCAUUGACUCACCAAGUGAGGAUCCCCUGCUAUGUGUCCAGAACUGCCUAACAGGAAGUACGUUUCUUUGAUAAGUAGACAGGAGUGGGACUAACCUGUGCUUUCCUGAGCCAGGAGCUCUCUUCUCUCCAUCACUCUCAUGGUGCUUCCCACUUUGACUCCCACUGGCACAAGUGCCUUUUUGAAUGUAUAGUCACUGUUCCUUCCGUCUGUAGAUUUUCAGGCAUCUGCCUUUGGCUUCAGGACCACAGUCUAACUGGUUAUAAUUGCCAUAACUGUCUCCCAAACCUAUCUGCAUGGAGAGACCAAUCUUUUGUCCUGCAGAUGUUAAGAAGUCUAAAAUGUUCUGCUCCACCAGGUUUUCUAGUCUCUACUCAGUAUAACUGAUUUGGGGCUUGAGGAAGACUGGACGGAAGGCAAAGCUCAGGGACCCUGGGAUUGCUGGGGAUGGCUUUACAAACAAAUGGGUCUGUGAGACCGCUUGGUGGCGCCAGAGUACGGGUCUCAGAGCAGGGAGAGGGAGCGGCUCGCGGGUCAAAGGACUUCACU